ACAAAUCGUUGUACCCUUCUCCGCACGCCCCCAUCCCAUCCGCCCCAUACAGUCCCCUCCCUCAGCAAGUAGGUGUCCCGGGCGUAGCCACCUAGUCGGGCCAGGGGUGCAGCGCCCACUGCCUAGGGAACCCACGCGUAGCGGAGCAAUCAGCACGACUUCAGUCCCAGCGCCCGGGACCUCAAGCAACCUGCUCCCGCCCCGCCCGACUACGAGCAGAGCCGCCACCCCUUCCAAACUCCAGGACCCCCGUCACCCUUAUGAGAGAAGGCGACGCAGAGCAAAGGAGCAGGACGCCCGGCAGCCCGACUCUCCCGCAAGCGCGCGCAGCGCCCGCUCCGUGUCGCCGCCGCGAUCACCCGGGAAGCCCGAUGCCAGCGCCGCGCAUCGGCUGAGAAGGGACAGGGCCGGCUUCGCCUGCUCGCCCGGAAUCCGGUCUCCGCCGCGGCUGCGUGUCCCUGCUGGGGCCCCGCCGGCCCGGGAGUGAACCGCUGCGACCGGCCGGGGGUUGGCCCGGGCAGGGGAAGGAGGGACGGAGCGGGAGGAGGGCACGGGGGGCGGGGAGGGGACCCUGGAGGAGAGAGAUGGCAAUGUCUCUCAUCCAAGCGUGCCGCAGUCUGGCUCUCUCAACAUGGCUGCUUUCCUUUUGUUUCGUGCAUCUGCUCUGCCUGGACUUCACGGUGGCGGAGAAGGAGGAAUGGUACACCGCCUUCGUGAACAUCACCUAUGCCGAGCCCGAGCCGGGGGCCGCGGUGGCGGGCGGCGGUGGCGGUGCCGAGCUGCACACGGAGAAGACCGAGUGCGGACGGUACGGCGAGCACUCGCCCAAGCAGGAUGCGCGCGGCGAGGUGGUCAUGGCCAGCUCGGCCCACGAUCGCCUGGCUUGCGACCCCAACACCAAGUUCGCCAUUCCGGCACACGGCAAGCACUGGAUAGCUCUGAUCCCCAAGGGCAACUGCACCUACAAGGAUAAGAUCCGGAACGCGUUCCUACAGAAUGCAUCGGCCGUGGUCAUCUUCAACGUGGGCUCCAACACCAACGAGACCAUCACCAUGUCCCACGCAGGUGUGGAAGACAUCGUGGCUAUAAUGAUUCCUGAGCCCAAAGGGAAGGAGAUAGUAAGCCUGCUGGAAAGGAACGUCACCGUGACCAUGUACAUCACCAUCGGGACCCGGAACUUGCAGAAAUACGUGAGCCGCACGUCAGUUGUGUUUGUAUCCAUCUCCUUCAUCGUCCUCAUGACCAUCUCCCUCGCGUGGCUGGUCUUUUACUACAUCCAGAGGUUUCGCUACGCAAAUGCCAGGGACAGGAAUCAGCGCCGACUGGGAGAUGCAGCAAAGAAAGCCAUCAGCAAGCUCCAGGUCAGGACCAUCAGGAAGGGUGACAAGGAAACAGAGUCUGAUUUUGAUAACUGCGCAGUGUGCAUCGAAGGGUACAAGCCCAACGAUGUGGUCAGGAUCCUGCCCUGCCGGCAUCUUUUCCACAAGUCCUGUGUUGACCCCUGGCUUCUAGACCAUCGCACCUGUCCCAUGUGCAAGAUGAACAUUCUUAAAGCCCUAGGGAUCCCGCCCAGUGCCGACUGCAUGGACGACCUGCCAAUUGAUUUCGAGGGCUCCCUGGGAGGCCCGCCCACCAAUCAGAUCACGGGUGCCAGUGACACAACAGUGAACGAGAGUUCAGUCACUUUGGAUCCUGCAGUGAGGACAGUGGGAGCUCUGCAGGUGGUCCAGGACCCCGACCCUGCACCCCAGGAGGGAGAAGCCAUCUUUACAACAAACGGUGAUCAAGAGCCAGCGGUGAGUAGCGACUCCGACAUCUCAUUGAUCAUGGCCCUAGAAGUGGGACUGUCUGACGUAGAACUUUCCACUGACCAAGACUACGAAGAGGUGAAAUCUUGAAAUCGUCGAAACAGACAAGAGAAGACACAGGACCCAGGGGCCCAGGAAGGAAGCAUGUCCAGAGACUUGAACUGGAUACCCAACCUUCAGUUCACCAUGGUAACCCCAGGGCACUCUGUUCAUGGGUGGUAAUGAAAGCAAUAUCCAAAGUCUGCAGAAUCAGGAUGCCGGUUCCCAUCUCUGCAACACUCUGUGGCCUUGGUGUGGAAGUUGGAAGCUGGAUUCCUCCACAUCCGUACAGACACGCAGCCAAAGGGCCUGCCGCUGACUGGAAGGAGAUCCUUACCGCUUCUUUUAGCAUCUCCCAUCUUCCUGUUUCUAUUUGGAGAAGAUGGCUUCAUUCCCCUGACAAUUUCUUUUGAAAGACGAUGUGUAGUUUACAUCUAUUCCUUUCUUUUCCCUGUGACACACUCCAGUCCGUGGCCAGAGGUCCUGGAUGCUGCUCCGAUGAUCAGUUUGUACCGCAUCUCUGAGAUUUAUAGUCAUGGGCUCUCAGUAUGAAGUGUGUAUGGCCUUGAGAAUUGCCUCAGCACCCGGAAAUGGUGGAAGGCCAGAGUCUAUCAAGUGUCUAGCUCCCUCCUCUAAGUGGGUCUUGAUGAGCCCUGUGGCCAGAGGCAGCAGCGCUAAGUUCUGGACCUGCUGAAUCCAUUGUUCAUUGUUUUCACCUGCAUCAUGUUGGGCUCCGCCUGCCAUGCUCUGUCCAGGGUCACCGUGGCAGCGAGAACUAUCAGGGACGAGGCUGGCUCAUCUGACUUCAGGGUCUUAGUCUAAAACUCAGAAGUUCCCUGUAGGGCCGGAAUAUAAAUUCUCAGAGUGUGUGUGUGUGUGUGUGAAACUCUAAGCCUAGUUUAAAAACCUGAUACCCCCAUCUUCCCAGGGCAAGGAAGAUGGCUGUUGCCCUGGUUACCAGCAAGGCCUCGGGUUUAUCAACGUUGUAAGUGAGUUCUCUGUGUCCAGGUGAAAGAAAAGAUACAAUCGUUUUUUAGGUCACUGGUAACCAGGUGUAAGCUUACUUCUGGUUCUGUUCUGUUAAUCCUCACCAGCCUACACAGAAGGCACUAAAUAAAUCCUUAGCAGCUUGCAGGUCUUCCUGAGAGCACCCUUGUCCCAAGAGGAGGAUGAGGUGUGAUUUGAUAAGGUCUGAACCAAAAAGUACAUCAUGGGGAAUUGCUAGACCGAGUUUCUCCUGAUUGUGAGCAACAAAUAAGAUAAAAAGAAAAAAAAAACAUAAUCAAUGACUAUCUAAAUCCACCUGUACUAUAAAGUAGUUUAUGGUUUUA